AUUUAUAAUUUAACUUGUGUUUUUCAUUCCUCCUCCUAGUUUUAAGUUUCAAUAAUAUUGUUCCUUCUUUUUGAACUGAUUUUUGAAUAUAUUCAAUUUCAAUCAGUGAAAGUUUGCAAGUCAUAGAGGACGAUGAAAGUUUUAAAGAGAAGUCAUUUUUAAACGGGGAUGUCUACAUUGGUAACUUCAAGGGUGAACUUUGUCAUGGCAACGGGAAGUACACAUGGUCAGAUGGAACAAUAUAUGAGGGCGAUUGGGUUGAUGGACAAAUGACAGGGAAAGAGAUUAUGAAGUGGGUUAAUAGUUGUGUUUUCGAUGGUUGUUGGUCAAAUGGACUUAAACAUGGACAUGGGGUUUAUAGAUAUGUAAAUGGAGAUGUUUAUAGAGGAAAUUGGGAAAAUGGGAAAAUAGAUGGGAAAGGGAUUAUGAAUUGGGUUGAUGGUGAUGUUUUUGAUGGUUGUUGGUCAAAUAGACUUAAAGAUGGAUAUGGAGUUUAUAGAUAUGCAAAUGGGGAUGUCCACACUGGACAUUGGAAAAAAGGGGGAAAUGAUGGAAAAGGGAUUAUGAGAUGGGCUAAUGGUGUUGUUUUCGAUGGUUGUUGGUCAAAUGGACUUAGACAUGGAUAUGGAGUUUGUAGAUUUACAAAUGGGGAUGUCCACAGUGGACAUUGGAAAAAAGGGGAAAAGGAUGGAAAAGGGAUUAAGAGAUGGGCAGGCGGUGAUGUUUUCGAUGGUUGUUGGUAAAAUGGACUUAAACAUGGAUCUGGAGUUUAUACAUAUGCUAAUGGGGAUGUCUAUAUUGGAAAAUGGAAAAAAAUGAAGAAUUCUGCUCUUCCCCCAGCACAUUUCGCUCCCACCCUGUAGCCAUACCAAAA